GAUGUGGGGUCCAGCUGACGCUCAGUGUGGGAGUGCUGGACAAUAAAUUGGGAAACACUUUAUUUGUGUGUAACUUAAAACCAUAAUGUUCCUGCCAGGGGGUCAGGAUCCACAGUGACCCAAAUUCACAGGACUUCAUCCUUCAUUACAAACCAAGAACUGCAUUUGGCUGAUACAAGAUCUCCUGAUCUGGGCGUUUCCUGCCCUGCUGCUGCCUUCAGACAUGGAGACUCAGCAACCCAAGUCCAUGGAGGACUCCAAAACCAAACAAGAUGCCAAAGCAGGUGCUGCUGUGGACGCAGAGCUAGCCAGCGCCAUAAUGGCUCGGCAGUUUCACCCGCCUGUUACUGGUCCCGAGGUGUGGGAGGGAUACGUCUUUUCUGAUCUGGAGAUUCUCAUCAAAGAGUCCACGGACCUCUACGGAGCUGUACUCUGGCCCUCAGCUAUGGUGCUCUGUCACUUCUUAGAGACCAACCAAGACAAAUACAAUCUGCAGGACAAGAAUGUGAUUGAACUGGGUGCUGGAACUGGGCUUGUCACCAUUGUGUCCAGCCUGUUAGGUGCUAAGGUGACUUCCACUGACCUGCCCGAUGUGUUGGGGAACCUCCAGUACAAUGUAACACGCAACACCAAGGGCCGAUGCAAGUACAUCCCUCUGGUCACAGAGCUGAUUUGGGGUCAGGAGCUGGAUCAACGUUUCCCACGUUCCACUCAUUGUUUCGAUUACAUACUGGCAGCUGAUGUGGUGUACGCCCACCCUUACCUGCAGGAACUGAUGGACACCUUUGAAUACCUGUGCCAGGAAAACACUCAGAUCCUAUGGGCUAUGCGUUUCCGGCUGGACCCGGAAAACAGCUUUGUGGAUCGCUUCCAGCAACGUUUCCAAGUGGAGGAACUGUACGACAUUCCCAGUCUGAGCAUCAAGCUGUACCGAGCCUGGAGUCACUCCAAAUAAAUCAAGAUUAAAGA